UUCAACAGGUGAGGAACUUGUUGAAUUAGUUUGACUAGCUUCAGCUUCUCUGUCUUUCUGCCGUCGACUGCUAACGUACUGCUAAAAUGUGUGACAUAUGUAUCUCUUGUAAAAGUGUGUUACCUGCUGACAAACCUUUUGUAUCAUGUAUUGAGUGCGGACUCCCCUACCACCUAGGGAAAUGCUCUGGAAUUACUGACAGUAUGUGUCGAACAAAAAAGUCUUCCAUAACAGAAAGCUGGAAAUGUCAAACUUGUAAAGUAGGAAAUGAAAGGUCACGGCGAAGUCUUGAACCGGAGAGUCAGACGGAAAUUUACAAAGUGUCACUGCAACAAGAACUUCAUGAAAUUAAGCAGAUGCUUGCGGAUCUGUUACCAGUUAGAGCGAAGAUAGAUGAAGUUUCCGCGACAACUGAAGAAGUGAAGCGAUCAAUAGAAAUGAUGUCUGCGAAAUACGAUGAGAUACUUAAGGUACAAGGAGAGCAUCAUAAAGAAAUUAAACAGUUGGAAAAGAGAGUGUCGCGACUUGAAAGCACUACUUCAAAUGAACGUAGAUGGGUAGAAAUCCAGCGAACCGGACGGUGCCCAGAAGAAGAACAGUCUCUGUUCGAAAUAUCGGCGGCUUCUGUCCUGAGGCAACUCCUUCCUACUUCAAAUGAAGACAUGUACAAGUUAAAAAUGGAUCUAAAUCGCAUGGAACAAUACAAUAGACAAAAUAACAUAGAGAUACAUGGUGUGAAAGCCAUACCGAGAGAAGACCUUUUCCAUGUACUUGAUAAGAUAGCCGAAAAACUAGAGAUUGAUAAGCCCACACCAGAACAAAUUGAAGCGAUCCACAGACUGCCUGCGAAAGCUGACAACAUACCACCAAUCAUUGUCAGGUUUGUGAACCGCGGCACAAGAAACAGAUGGCUGCAAAACAGGAACAAAAUGAGGAAAAACAAAAUAGAUAAUCAGGAUAUUUACAUUAAUGAGAACCUCACUGCGCAGAACAAAAGGUUAUUUUUCCUGGCACGUGAAAGAUCUAAGUUACUGAACUACAGAUUUACGUGGCAAAAAAAUGGCACUCUGUACAUGAGAAAAAAGGAUGGAGACGAGCCUGUUAAAAUAACAUCAGAACUGGAUUUGGCCAACCUAAUGUAACCCAGCAGAAGACUGUGUUAGGUACAGUGUAAUGUAUUGUUACCAGUUUCUCUUAUGAUGUGUCAUAAUUAUGUAACAAAUGAAACGUUUCGCAAUACAGUCUGUGAUUUCCAUUCUCAUAUUUCUUUGAUCCACUUGAAUGCUCGGAGUCUGCGACCAAAACAGGAUAGCAUAGAAAUAUUUUUGCAGUCACUGAAUUUUUCUUUUGACGUACUAGAUUUUACAGAGACUUGGAUUGCACAAAAUGAAAUUCCUGUACAUAUUCCUGGCUACUCCCCUAUUGCUAGAGGAAGAACAAUUAAGCGUGGAGGAGGCGUAGCACUUUAUUUGAAACAUCAGUAUUUAGUAGAAAACGACCUCUCCAUGGUUAAUGAGGAUGUUGAAAGCAUAGUAAUACUAAGUUGUGGUCUACUGAUUGCUGCGAUAUAUAGGCCGCCUUCUGGGAACCAAAAAAGGUUUCUGGAGUACAUGGAACUGCUCCUGAAAACGGCUGAUAACAUGAAAAUGUCACUCGUUAUUUUAGGCGAUUUAAAUAUAAACUUUUUAUCAACUGACGCCACAGCUAUCACGAACCUUUAUGAAUCGUACGGACAUGAAAACCUCGUGACUCUUCCAACACGGCCAGAAUCCAACUCGUUGCUCGACCCUUGCAUCACAAACUGUACACGUGUAUUAUAUUCCGGUGUCUUUUCAACACUAAUCAGUGAUCAUCUGCCUGUCUUCUGCAUUUUCUCGUCAACAGCUGCUAAUAACAUAUGCAACUGUCUCCCGCAUCAUAACAUAAGACUUAUAAAUGACGAAGCAUUAAAUGAAUUCUAUGACAAAGUAUCAGCUGUUGACUGGGCUGACUAUUACAGUGAGGAAGAUCCGAAUAUUUUAUAUCGGUUAUUGUACGACAGGGUUUUCGAAUGCUACGAUAAGUCUUUUCCGUUGCUAGCUCCACGAAAACGAAGUAAGAAAAUUCGCAAGCCCUGGGUGACCCAAUCUCUACUCAGGGAUAUUAGAAAGAGAAAAAAAAGCUUUUCUGCAAAUUUCUUACAACACGCAAGGCUGAAGAUCUUCGGCAAUUUAAACAAUAUCGUAACGAAGUAACCAAGAAACUAAAAGAUGCGAAAUCUCAAUAUUAUGCUCGCCUGUUUAACCAGGGACAGGGAAACUCAUAAAAAGUAUGGAGCACAGUAAGGCAAUUAGCUUUUGCACAUAUUCCUUCUGAAAUACCUAGAGAACUUAUGAUAAAUGGUAAUACUUACUCUGGACAAGUGCUUGCUGAUAUGGUUAAUAAUCAUCUAAUAGAGGUUGGUAUGUUUGACACACCGUCCCAACUCCCACCAGCGAAGGCGUUUGAAGAAUAUUUAAAUUUAUCACAAAGCGGAUCAUUUUUUCUAUUUCCAACAACCCCUACUGAGGUUCAACAGACGAUUUUGGCAUUGAAAAAUUCGAGAUCCUCAGGCGACGAUGGUUUUAGGGUUCAACCAAUUAAACAUGUAGCACCUGUGCUAAGCAAACCACUGUGUUAUCUUAUUAACUCUGUACUAUCGACUGGUAUCUUUCCUGAUGAACUAAAAACAGCAAAAGUAAUUAUACUAAGCAAAGGCGGAGACAAAAAUGACAAAUAAUUAUCGACCGAUCUCUAUUCUCCCCAUAUUAUCUAAAGUAGUCGAGAAGAUCAUCAAUAAGAGACUGCUAUCUUUCUUGGAGCAUCAUAACAUAAUUACGGAACUCAAUUCGGAUUUCAGAAAGGAAAAUCAACGGAAGCUGCUUUACUUGGAAUAAAGGAUAAAAUUAUUCAUAAUAUCGAGAACCGAUUGUAUACUAUUGGCUUAUUUCUGGACUUCAAAAAAGCCUUCAAAUCCAUUCAGCACGACAUUCUUUUGCGAAAAUUGAAUGCGUACGGCAUUCGCGGGGUGGCUUAUAAUCUUUUUCAUAGUUAUCUUGGCUCGAGAUAUCAGUAUGUAUCUGUACAUGGCUACAAUUCUAUAAAACAGGUGAUAAGAUACGGCGUCCCUCAAGGUUCGAUUCUUGGCCCCGUUUUGUUUCUUCUCUACAUUAACGACAUCAUCAAUAUCCCGCACACAAGUGACAUCGUCAUGUACGCGGAUGACACAAACGUAUUUUUUGGACAUCAAUCCUUAGAUCACCUAAAUAUUACAGUAAUUAGUUAUCUUAGUGAAUUAUCUAUAUGGUUGGAUAUAAAUAGGUUAAAACUAAAGAACCAACCAAACCAAAUAUAUAUGUCAAGAAAACCAAAUAUAUAAUAUUUGUAGCGAAAAAUAAGCCGAUCGAGAACAGCGCUAUAGAUUUACGCAUCGGCAAUGAUACACUACAACAGGUAAGAGAAAUUAAGUUCUUAGGAGUAUGGUUUCAGGAAAAUUUGUUAUGGAACACACACAUAAACAAUGUGUCAGCAGAAAUUGCAAGGAAAAUUGGCGCCCUCUAUCGAAUUAAACAUCUGUUGCCCCAAUGGCUAAGAAGGACACUUUAUUACGCGCUAAUUUAUCCUACACUUUAUUACUGUUUGUUAGUAUGGGGAUUAACUAGCUCGACAAAUUACACAAGAAUUUAUGCACUACAAAAAAGAGCCGUACGUUUCAUUACAAAUUCUACGGCAGCGUCUUCAGAGACUUCUCGGGAAUUAAAAAUAAUGCCAAUACGUCAUCUAUACACUUUAAAGCUUGGGUUACACGCAUACAAUAGCUUCUAUUCAGGUACAAUUCAGCUAAACACCACAACUGAGCGCUACCCACUACGGAAGCUUAAUUUAUCUGUCUACCCCUAUAGUCGUACGAACUAUGGCAUGCAGGCGACUGACUAUUUAUUACCAAAUUUUUGUAACAAUAUGAGGCACCUGUUUACUUCUUUUCAAACAUUUCCUGUAUACGAAAGAACACUGAUGGAAGCAUUGCUGAAUGUAGAUAUAUUAACAUCUGUAGAUUAAUUUAUUAAAUUCAUUAAAAGAAUGACUGGAACCAUUAUUAGUAAAAUUGUUCUGUGGAUGUUUAAGGUUGAUGUUUAAGGUUGUUGAUAUUAGUGACUGGUGAUGUUAAAACUGACCAAAAUGUAUGUUAUUCUUGUGUUAUAUGUUAUUCUUGUGUUGUCAAAAUCGCUGUGACUGCUUGUAGAGGACCAGGUUCCUCGUCAGGGAUUCUAAUCCCUUUUGUACCUGGCCCUCAUUUCCUUCGGAAAUAAAAUGAAAUCAAAUCAAAUCAAAUCUUCCUCUGCAUGGUACUAAAAACUGUGAUGA